AACUACCUCAUUGCAGAACAAAGGGACUAUGACCAGGAGGAGCAGCAACAACUGGCAGCAGGAAGGAUUCCUUACCUCAACCAGGAGCAAAAAUCAGUUUUUGAUGCUAUUGUGGAUUCAGUCCAAAAUCAGUAUGGUCACUACUUUUGUGUGCAUGGUUCAGGAGGUACAGGAAAAACCUUUCUCUGCAACACCAUAUGCUAUGCUCUAUGUGCUGAAGGGCAGAUUGUUCUCUGUGUGGCAUUAUCUGGCAUUGCAUCUCUACUUCUUCUUGGUGGCCACACUGUUCACUCUCACUUCAAAAUCCUAAUUCAACUGUUUGAAAACUCUACAUACAAUAUUGGCAAGCAAACUAUGGCUGCUGAUUUGAUCCAAGCUGAUGAAGUAGUCAUA